AUGAGCUUCUUUGGCUUCGGGCAGAGCGUGGAUGUGGACAUCCUGCUGAACGACGCGGACAGCAGGCGGCGGGCCGAGCACAAGACCGAGGAUGGGAAGAAAGACAAGUACUUUCUAUUCUACGACGGCGAGACGGUGUCCGGAAAGGUGAGCCUGGCUCUCAAGAACCCCAACAAGCGGCUGGAGCAUCAGGGUAUCAAGGUCGAGUUCAUCGGGCAGAUCGAGCUCUACUACGACCGCGGCAACCACCACGAGUUCGUGUCCCUGGUGAAGGACCUGGCCCGGCCCGGAGAGGUCACCCAGUCGCAGGCUUUUGACUUCGAGUUCACCCACGUGGAGAAGCCCUAUGAGUCCUACACCGGGCAGAACGUGAAGCUGCGGUACUUCCUCCGGGCCACCAUCAGCCGCCGUCUGAAUGAUGUCGUCAAGGAGAUGGACAUCGUGGUGCACACGCUGAGCACGUACCCCGAGCUGAACUCCUCCAUCAAGAUGGAGGUCGGCAUCGAAGACUGUCUGCACAUCGAGUUUGAGUACAACAAAUCCAAGUACCACCUGAAGGACGUCAUCGUGGGGAAGAUCUACUUCCUGCUGGUGCGGAUCAAGAUCAAGCACAUGGAGAUUGACAUCAUCAAGCGGGAGACGACCGGCACGGGCCCCAAUGUGUACCAUGAGAACGACACCAUCGCCAAGUAUGAGAUCAUGGAUGGUGCGCCCGUGAGAGGAGAGUCCAUCCCCAUCCGCCUCUUCCUGGCGGGCUACGAGCUCACACCCACCAUGCGGGACAUCAACAAGAAGUUCUCGGUGCGCUACUACCUCAACCUGGUGCUCAUCGACGACGAGGAGCGGCGCUACUUCAAGCAGCAGGAGGUGGUGCUGUGGCGGAAGGGUGACAUCGUCCGGAAGAGCAUGUCCCACCAGGCGGCCAUUGCCUCCCAGCGCUUCGAGGGCACGACGCCCCUGGGGGAGGCACGGACCCCUGGCCCACUGUCCGACGGCAGCAGCAGACAGUAG